CAGGUGCUGGCUGAGGGCCAUGGGGGGAUGAGGCGGGUUUCUAUUUGAGGCUGAGUUCUGGUUUGAGUACGAGAAGAUCGGUGAGAUUUGAUCUGGGGUCGGAGAGGUCAUCUAUAAUGUAAAAAAGGUAGAUGAAGGCUGGUGUGAGGGCACAAGUUGAACGAAAAGAUAGGAAUGUUCCAGACAGCUUGGUCAGUUACGCCAGUCACUACUGCCUGCUGCUGCUGUCGUACCCAGCCACCAAGGCCACUCGACCCCUAGACCCAGCUUCCCAGUCAACCCUCCGAUCAUGCCAGAUCAGCAGGUCAGCGUGACAAGACAGAAGACGCUAAGGUCCUUCAGCUAUGCUGCUGAGAAUACUGACGACUGGUCACUAAUGCCUGGCCCAGAUGGUUCACAUACUAGGGGAGGAGGAGGAUGGCUGGUGGAGAGGGAAACUAGGGGAUAAAGUCGGUCUCUUCCCCUCGAACUUUGUGGAGGUCAUCAACGAAGAGGCCCCGCCCCCUGACUCCGCCCCCUUCACGACGUGAAAUCCCAGACGGUCCUCAUCAGCUGCCAGAGAGACGUCCUCCGCCAGGGGUGAGAGUAGGUAUGGGUCUACCGAAGUUUAACCCUCUCGAUGUCAAGUUAAAGCCGACAGCACGUGUCCCGCCACCGGCCAUAAAGGAUGAGCCACCACGGAUCAGACCUGAGCUGAAGAAAACUGUUCUUCCUCCAAAGAACCAACAGACAAAGCCCCCCGCAGCCCCCCCUCCACAGGAGCAACCAGUGGAGAGGGCAAAGGUCAUUUUUCAGUACACGUCAGAACAAGAAGAUGAGCUGGAUAUAAAUGUUGGAGAUGUUCUUGAGGUAGUUAACAAAACUGAACAUGAUGGCUGGUGGAAGGUGAAGUUGGGCGGUAGGGUAGGUGUGGUUCCUGACAACUUUGUAGAGCUGCUGCCACUUGAGCAGCUUCCAGCCCCUGACCUCCCUCAUGCCAAGAAAGAGCCUCGUAGGCCACCGCCCCCACCAGCACAGGACACCCCAGAACACCCACCAGACAAACCGGCAGAUUUUGGAGUCCCCCUGACCGAGCCACUGGACAGCUCAGCAGUAAAGGAAAGACCUCACAGACCUGGUGGUGUCAGACCUCCGUCUCGUUCCAACCUUCACCAGGAGGAUGGGGAGUUGGCCAGCAGUCAGGGAGGAGGCGGGGCGGGGGACGAGGCUCCUUGGCAGAGGGAGAUCAAACAGAGGAAGAAGAAGGAACCAGUCAAACUACCACCCAGCAAGCCACACCCACCCCCUCCUGCUACCGUGGCAACGGAGCCUGAGAAACCGGCUCCACCUCGAAUGGCUAGCAAACCUUCUUUUGCAGCGAAACCGAAGCCACCACCAGCUAAACCUCCAGUAGAUAUAGCCAAGACAAAACCACCUCCGGCAAAGCCACCCUCUGAAGCCACACCCCCUCCCGGAGCCGAGACCACGCCCCCCAAGUCCUCGGAAGAGUGGAUAGAGGCUCUGGAUAAACUGAGGUCAGAGUUCAAUGAGUUCAAGACCCAGAUCAGGAAGGAGCUGCGGGAGGAGAUAAAGACGUUGUCAGAUGAUUUGGACCAGGAGCGGAAGAACAAUGCCUCUCUCAGGAUUGACAUAGACAGACUCAAGAAAAUGAAACUCUAGUAUCGUCCUCUCGCGUCUCUUAAUAGUCUCUUCCAUUUUUCAAAUUGACACACAACACAACACAGAGUCUGUUUAUCGGUGUUUGGUCACCAUGGUUACGGUAUUAUACAGUUGUGCCGAAUUUUAUUGGUGUAAUGUAAGUGUGUGUGAAAUGUAGUAUGUGCCAUUCUAUUCCUUUUUUAUGUUCUUUGAACAUUUUAUUAAUGAGUGUUUAUGAUUC